AUGCCUAGGGCUACAGCUGACUAUCCGACUCGCGAAGACUUCAUCUGGCUUGGUGUAGAGCAACUCUCCGAGGUUCCUGAGGACCGCGAAAAUAGCUGUCCCAUCUGCAUGAUGCCACUCGUUCCGCAUGACUCGCCUACGACUGAGGAUGGCCAUGAAUUUGCCCCUGUCCAGGACGAUCAGGAUCUACAGGGCAGUGAGUCCUCAUUCACUGCGAAUAUCACGGACACUCAUUCUGACUUGGGCAUCAUUACCAUGGGUACAGUUCAUGCCGCCGGUACGACUGUGUUCAACAUUGCAGAGCAGGAUACCUUGAACUCCCUCGUCACCCAUUGGCGGGUUGUCUUCAGCGUUGGGAGGCACAAUCUCAACUUCGACGACACGGAGGAGCUCGGCGACACGGAUGAGCCCGAGGAGGGCCUCUUUAUCCGGAUCCGUAUCUGUCGCCACAUCUUCCACACCGCGUGCCUCCGCAAGUGGCUGAGCAAGCCUAUGAACAAAACCUGUCCAUUGUGCCGCCGUUUACUCUUCGCAGCUCCGUGUCGACACACCAAUCUGCUCCAAGAUCUUGCUGCGCUAGAGCAGCACGUUCAACAUGGACGUAGGCAAUCUGUCGAAAUCACGCGACUUAAGGAGGAGAUUACGACGCUGAAGAAGACCAUCAAGAACAUGGAGAAGGGCUACGUGGAUUUCCUGUCCGAUUGUGCGACUAUGGUCUUCGUGGCGGCGAUGAUCAUGGUGGCUCUCUAUGGAAUGUUGAAGUCUUGA